GCCCCCGUGGCUAGUUUCGCGAUCAGCGGAUAUGUGUAAAAAACGACUGCAUUUUGCGAGUUGCUGGAAGGUGUCCGGCGUAUCAGGCUGGAGUGUCGUAGGAUGUUAGCAGAUGGUGUUUUGCUUCGUAGUAUCCCGACAACAACCGGACUCCGCACUCGUGUUAGUUGGAACACACCACGCCACCACGCACGCCACCACGCACGCCAUCGCACACGCUACCGCACACGCCACGUGUCACCUCGUGCCCAAUCAGCUUAGAGUCAGCGACUCGCUGGACCACCGUAACUUUCUCGCCGGAGCGUGUCUACAUCAUCCUAUCCUGGUGCCAUCCUGGUGACAUACUCGCUGGCUUCGUCGUCGUUCGCCAUUUUUCGUCAAGCCACCGCUGGAGCGAUGGGAAACCAGGCCAGCAUCGUCAAUUCCAUGGCAGACAAAAUAUUUCCCAAGCUGCCCGACGAGAACGGGCAGCAGCAGCAGCAGAGCUCGCAGCAGCAUCCCGCCCAUUCGCCGCUCCUCCCUCCCCCAGCCGACAUCCUCAGCGGCGCUGCUGCAGCGGCGGCGCAAGCAGCGGCGGCAGCAGCUGCGUCCGUCCCUCCCGUGCCCGCGCUCUCCUCUCUCUCCGCCUCUCUCGCCACCCUUGCCCGCUCCCGCAGCUCUUCCGCCUCCGGCUGGACCAGCAGCGCCGCUGGCGGAACGCCCGACGGCGGAGGCCGCGGUGGAGGGAGAUGGGCGGAGGGGGGAGCGGCAACGGGCGGGAAAUUCUGGGCGUCUGCUGCGUCGGCCGCGGCUGCUGUCGUCAAUCACGCUACCGGCAGCGCGGACGGCGGUGGAAGCGGCAGCAACGGCGGGGGCAGCGCAGCAGGGGACGAGGCGAGCGGGAAGAGUGGCAGCAGCAGCGGGGGCGGGAGCGGGAGCGGGAGGGAGGGAGGCAAGGGGAAGGGGGGGAGCGAGGGCGGGAUGGGGAUUCUGGCGUUUGAGGUGGCGGCGGCAAUGCUGCGCGCAUUGGAGCUGUGGGAGCUGCUGGACAUCCGCCACAUGGGCCCGCUCAAACACACCCUCGCCGCAGAGGGAGUGGUGAAGCUGGUAGCGGGAGAUGACGAUCUCAGAUGGAAGCUAGCAGGCUUAGAGCGGGCGCGGGAGCUGCGCGUGCUGUCGCGAAUAGUGUGCCUGCUGGGCCGGCGGUGCCGCGACACGCGCCUGCACGGGCUCGCACAGCGCCUGGAAGACCUGCAAGCACAGAGCGCCGGGCCGCACGCACUGCUCUUCCACCCCAAAGAGGAGGCCUUUCUGCUCAAGUAUUUGGAGGAGAUGGUAGCGGCGACCAGCACGCUGCAUCUUGAGAUGACAACGCUUGACAACCUCCUGCCAAGCUCGCACCCCCUGCGGCUGUCGCGCAUGGUGCGCGAGGGGGUGGCGCGAUCCAACAGCCUGGGGGCGGGCGCGCUCACCCAGGACAGGAUUCAGGGGCAGAUGAAGCUAGUGGAGCGCCUACAGAAGGAGUCGCUGUGGUGCGAAGACUUUGACAAAUCCGUCCUGCUGCUGGCAGCAGCAGUGGUGAUUCUCUCGCGCCGUCUGCGCCUGCUGUUUGGGUCCCCGGAGGUGGAUGCGGGGGCGAUCGCGCACACGCUGGGUGAGUGCGGGCUGGCGCUGCACUACGCGCACACGCUGCUGCUCGUGGAGCGCAUCGUCAGCAAGCCUACUGCACUGCUCAGGGCGCAGAGAGACGAUCUGUACCGGCGGCUGCCAGCCAAUGUGCAGCAGCAGGUGCGCGUGCGGCUGAAGCAGCGGUCGCGGCCGUUUGACAUCGAGGCGGCGGCGGAGAUCCGGCGCACGCUGGAGUACAUGCUGGGAUGGCUGCUGCCCAUGGCGCACUGCACCAUCACCUGGCAGACCGAGCACAGCUACGGUUGCCACCUCAGCAAGCGCCACCGCACGCUGCAAGUGCAGACGCUGUACUACGCGGACAAGGACCGGUUUGAGGUGUGUCUGGUGGAGCUGCUGGUGGGGCUGAGCUACAUCUCGCGCCCGCCAGGCCUCACCAACCUGCAGCCCGGGGAGGAGGCCUCGUGGCGCCUCUGGCUCACCUCAGGGGGGCACAUUCCGCCCGUUGGAGAGGGUGGAGAGAUGGAGGCAGCAGGUGGAGAAGAGAGCGAAGGAGGGGCAGUCACAUCUAACGCCCCCACUGCAGGCCAUGCUACUGCUGAUGGUGAUGCUACUGCUGCUGAUGCAGGUGCUGGUGCUGAUGGGGAGUGUGAGAACAAGGCUGGAGUUGUUGCUGCUGCUUCAGCAGCGGCAGAAGCAACUGCUAAGGGCACCUUGUCUUCAGAGAAGGGAGCAGGUGCGGGCCAAACAAAGCACGCAAGUGUUGUAGUGCAACGGGAGGGCAGUGGUGGGGAGUCAAGUCAAGGGCUGGGUGCGGAAGGAACGAGUGCAGGGGGCGUAGGAGGAGAGGGGAGGAGUGGAGACGCUGGGGAAGGUGUUGAGUGGACCCAAAGCACACAAGGCGCUGGGGAGUGCGGGCAGGAGAGGCAAGGGGGCAGUGGAGGGGGUGUGGAUGAAGCAUUGAGCAAAAGCAAUGAGGGUGAUGGGAGGGAGGGAAGCGAGGAGAAGGGCGGAUAGGCAGGCAAAUAUGACCAGAGUGGCCCAUAGAUCUGGAAACGUGUUGGUUGAAAAGAUUAAUUACUACUAGACAUGAGAUAGCAGCAACGACCCUUUUGCUGCAGGUACUACUGCAACUGCUCCUUGUGCUGGUGUUUGGAAUUCUUAGCACGGUCACCAUGAUGUCACAUGCAUAGAAAUUAAAAGGACCGGCUGCGU